GAGCCGGCCGCGAGAAGAGAAACCCGGGUGGGGAGAGACCAUGCAGCCCUCCGAGGCGGAAGGGAAAGAGGUUCUUCGGGGUUGUCAGGAGUAACAGCAAAGCAUGGGAAACCCAGAGAUUACAACUGAAGCUUAUGUGGCUGUCAUUCGCCCCAAAAAUACUGCAAGUCUGAAUUCUCGUGAAUAUCGGGCUAAAUCAUAUGAGAUCUUGUUGCUUGAAGUUCCUAUCGAAGGACAUAAGAAAAAAAGGAGAAAAAUGUUGUUGGAAACUAAACUUCAGGGAGGUAGUGAUGUAACACAAAGCAUCUUGGAUUAUAUACUAGAAACCACCAAACCGAUUUCACCAGGAAAUCAAGGUAUCAAAGGAAAAAGAGUUAUGUUAAUGAAGAAGUUUCCUCUUGAUGGAGACAAGACAGGCAAAGAUGCAUCACUUUUUGUUGUUCCAACUGUUGUAAAAGAUAACACAAAAUACACAUACAGUCCUGGAUGCCCAAUUUUCUACUGCUUACAAGAUAUUAUGAGAGUCUGCAGUGAAUCAAGCACUCACUUUGCUACACUUACAGCUAGAAUGCUAAUUUACUUGGAUAAAUGGCUAGAGGAACGGCACUCACAAUCACAUUCUAUUCCAGCUUUAUUCAGACCGUCUCCCCUAGAGCGAAUUAAAACAAAUGUCACAAACCCUGCAUAUGCUGGUGAACCUGGGCAAACAGAGAGUUCACUUCACAUGGGAUAUACUGCAUUAGAAAUCAAGAGUAAAAUGCUGGCACUUGAGAAAGCAGACAUGUGUAUCUACAACCCUUUGUUUGGGUCAGAUCUUCAGUAUACCAAUCGGGUUGAUAAAGUCGUUAUAAAUCCCUACUUUGGACUCGGGGCUCCAGACUAUUCAAAAAUACAGAUUCCCAAGCGUGAAAAGUGGCAACGCAGCAUGAGUAGUGUCAUGGAGGACAAGGAACGGCAGUGGGUUGAUGACUUUCCUCUUCACCGUAGUGCUUGUGAAGGAGACACUGAGUUGUUGAGCCAACUUCUAGAUGAAAAUCUUCCCGUUAACCAGUUGGACAAUGAUCAUUGGGCACCAAUCCAUUAUGCAUGCUGGUAUGGAAAAGUUGAAGCCACACGGAUGCUGUUAGAGAGAGGGAAAUGCAACCCCAACUUGCUGAAUGGACAGCUUAGCUCUCCUCUUCACUUUGCUGCUGGGGGAGGGCAUGCUGAUAUUGUUCAGAUACUCCUCAAUCAUCCAGAAGUUGACAGACAUAUUACAGAUCAACAAGGAAGAACACCAUUGAAUGUCUGUGAAGAGCACAAACAAAAUGAAUGGGAAAAAACAGCUAAUUUGCUGAAAGAGGCCAUAAAUAAACCAUAUGAAAAGGUACGAAUUUAUCGAAUGGAUGGAUCAUACCGUUCUGUUGAACUGAAACAUGGAAACAACACAACUGUGCAACAGAUAAUGGAAGGAAUGCAUCUUUCUCAAGAAACACAGCAAUACUUCACUAUUUGGAUCUGUUCUGAAAACCUUAGUCUCCAGUUGAAGCCAUAUCACAAACCUCUGCAGCAUGUCCGGGACUGGCCUGAAAUACUCACUGAACUGACAAACUUGGAUCCUCAAAGGGAAACUCCACAGCUUUUCUUGAGGAGGGAUGUGAGACUUCCUCUGGUGGUUGAAAAGAAGAUUGAGGAUCCACUGGCUAUUCUUAUCCUAUUUGAUGAGGCAAGGUACAAUUUGCUCAAAGGCUUCUACACCUCCCCUGAUGCCAAGCUGAUAACUCUUGCAAGUCUGCUGCUGCAGAUAGUCUAUGGAAAUUAUGAAAGUAAAAAACACAAACAAGGUUUCCUCAAUGAAGAAAACUUAAAAUCUAUAGUACCAGUCACAAAAUUAAAAAGUAAGGCACCACACUGGACAAACAGAAUACUUCAUGAGUACAAGAGUCUCAGUACUAGUGAGGGUGUGAGUAAAGAAAUGCAUCACCUGCAGCGCAUGUUUUUGCAGAACUGUUGGGAGAUCCCUACCUAUGGAGCUGCCUUUUUCACUGGACAAGUGUUCACAAAAGCAAGCUCAAGUAAUCAUAAAGUCAUCAGAGUGUAUGUAGGCGUAAAUGUCAGAGGACUGCAUCUUCUCAAUAUGGAAACCAAGGCUUUGCUUAUAAGUUUAAAAUAUGGUUGUUUUAUGUGGCAGUUGGGAGAUGCAGAUACCUGUUUUCAGAUUCAUAGCCUGGAAAACAAAAUGAGCUUUAUAGUGCAUACAAAGCAGGCAGGCCUCGUCGUGAAACUGCUGAUGAAAUUAAGCAGCCAGUUGAUUUCUGGUGAAAGAAAUGACUGAAUAUAAGAAUGGCUAUGUCAUCAAUAAUACCUGUAUUAUAAAUAAAUGCCUUAUGUGUAGAUGAGUUGUAAAGAGUGUAAUAUGUUAAGUUUAUUGAACUUCAGAAGUUGCAUUGUUUGUUAAACAUGUAAAUAGCAGUUACCUUGUUAAAUCCUUUUUUGAUGUUUUAUUUGAGAAUAUUAUUGUCAUGAGCCUGCCAGGGCUCAGCAAUAGGAAGGAUUCCUCGGAAGAGGAGCCAUGUGUAGCCAGCCCUGAGUUAACAGAAGCUGAUCAGCUGGAAAAUGAGCUUCAGGCUUGUCAGGAUUCACAGCCAACAGCUGGUGCAGAGCCACCGAGAGCUUCCAGCACUAGUUCAGCCGAUGAACCUCAAUCGGCCAUUCCCAGCCCUCCAGUAUCCCUUAUACCCUUAGAGCACCUCAGGUGGAGGCUGAGAACAGAGCUGCAGGCAAGACGGCAAAGUCUCCUGGCCCUGACGCCAGCUGCUUGCUGAUGAUGGAGAUGAGUAGUUGCACGGUUCCUCCACAGCAGCUGACUGCAAGCAUGGCCCUUAGGCAUGCAGCUAUAAAACCAACCAAGAGAGGCUAUUAGGCGUGGAUGCAACCUGUAGGAUAGCUGCUAAGCCACUUGGACUGAACAGCCCUGCUUUGCCUGACUUUUAAGACCCUGACUCUUGAUUGAACGACACUGGAUGACACUGCCUCACCCAACACUCAAAGAGAGCCAGCACAAUUAUUUUGUGUAAUAAGGGUUUGUGUAUGUGUGUACGCAAACGUACAAAACUGGAAUAAAAUCAAGUUAUUUAUAGA